UUCUUAUUCGCUUCGGCCAUCUCCUCGAAGUCUCCCUCCUCCUCGUCCGCCUCAUCUUUCUCUCCGCCGACCGGAAGCGGCCGGACGCCGCAGGGUCGCCGUAUGCCUCUCACCCCAUCAUGAUGCAUCACCGAUCGACGGCACACGCUGCUGCUUACGUCCCCUCCCCCUCACGGCGAUCGUUGCGGCGGCGGAAGGGGCUUCGUCCGUCUCUUGGUGGGUUCGUUUUGGUUCUUUGCUUGUCGACUGUGUUCAGCGUAUCGGUUGCUUCUGGUUCUUGCGUGGAUGGUUCGCUUCGGGAUAUCUGCUCCGGUUCUACUUCCUUUUGCUUUCCUUCCACCCUAAGGGGUUUUGGGUCUCUGAAAGAGGACAGCUGCAAAGAACCUGGUUUUGAUGCUCGGGAGGGCUGCGCGAGCUCGGAGUGGCGAUCGGGAAGUGUUGCAGCUUACAAGAUGGUCAGUGGAGGUGCCGUUUAUUGCCGUCUGGUGGACACCACGGGUGGCAUCGACGGCGGGCUGAGCUCCGGUGGGAAGAAUAGCGGUGGGGAUGAUGUUGCCUCGUGUAUGGCACCUCUUGUUCCUGAUGUUUGGAUUAGGACGCUGAGUAUGAUGACUGCUGGCCUCGACGACCAUGACAAACAUAUCUAUUCGGGCCUUUUCAAUGGCUCUUCAUCUGUGACUGUGGAGAUAAGUCCUCCUUUUUUAGAUUGGGGGGAAAAUAGUCUGUACACCCCUUCGAUGGCGUUCUUGACUGUGAAGAACGCAUACAAGAAUGGUGUUUUGGAUGUUUACGGUCCCUUUAGUACUGAUCCCCAGUACUAUGCUUAUAAUUUCGAGAAGCUGCAAUUGGCGCCGGGUGAGUCUGCUUCGAUUGCCUUCAUUUUCUUGCCAAGAUGGGUGGGUUCAUCAUCAGCACAUCUAGUUCUCCAGACGAGUCUUGGGGGUUUCAUAAUUCAAGCUAGAGGAGUAGCUGUUGAGUCCCCCUACAAGAUAGAGCCUUUAGUAGGAAUUAGCAUUCCUUCCGGUAAAAGUCUGAUUAGGAACUUGUCGAUUUAUAAUCCCUUGGAUGAUGUCCUUCACGUGGAGGAAGUGAGUGCAUGGGUUUCAUUAGCUGGACAAACAGACCAAUCUGUGCAUGUUGUUUGUCAAAUGGAUGCAUUGCAGCAGUCAUCAACUGAGCUUGACUAUUUUCUCACUGAUAACAAAUUGUUCAGAGUGGAGAAUAGUAAAUUGGUUUUGAGAUGGCUGGAUAUUAGACCGCAGAAGCAGUGGGAUCUAUCUGCUCACAAGACCGAGCCAAUAUUAGAGAUGAGAUUGUGGCCUUAUACAGAAGGAAAGAUUUUUGGAGCUAUCUGUUUAAAAAUGUGGAGUUCCACCAAAGAUAGAAUGAAUGCAGUUGUUCUUCCUUUGGAGUUAGAAGUGCAUGGUAACACAAAUUUUAGUUAUUUAAAUGGUUCAAUUUCUUUAGAUAUUGAGUCUCUUGAGACCUGCAACAAGAGGGAGACUGUUAUCAUCUCUUUGAGAAAUGAUGGAGAGGACCUACUUAGUUUGAUUAACGUUAGUGAGACUACAAGGAGCUCAAAGUUCUUCAAAGUUAGAUAUAAGGAAGGGUUAUUGCUUUUUCCCAGAACUUUAACGAAAAUAGCUUUGGUUAGUUAUUCUAGUCUCGUUAUUCCACAGAAAAAUGUGCCUAAUAUGCCUACUGAAAAUAUGGAAUGUAAAUUACUAAUAGUGACAAAUGAUACUGCCAAUCCAGUGAUCAAGAUUCCAUGCCUAGACGUGGUUUAUGCCAAUUCUAAUAGUGAUCAUGGCUCAGGCAUAAUUGUGACAGAUGGCUCAUAUAUUAGUGGGCUAUCACAUGAUGAAGAGGAAAAAUAUACAAAUGCAAGAAUAGGAUCUUUACAAAGCCUUGCUGAUGCAUCCUUUGCCAUGAAGCCAAAACUCCCGGAAGCAUCUGAAGCAGAUGAGCUGAUACUUACAAACUGGAAAUCUCAAGGCACUGUAACUGAGGUUUCUGUCCUCGAAGAAGAUGAGCUGUUGUUUCCAGUGGUUCCUGUUGGGAGCCAUUUCUCUAAAUGGAUCUCUAUACAUAAUCCUAGCCAGCAACCUGUUAUAAUGCAACUCGUGCUUAACUCAGGAGAGGUCAUUGAUCAGUGCAAAUCUGCUGAUGAACUAUAUGAGCAUACAUUAUCGAGUAGGUUUACUAAGAUUGAUUCUCUAGAAACUAGAAUAGGGUUCUCAACGUCAGAUUCAGCAAUAACUGAGGCCUUUGUACAUCCUUCUGAAAGUGCAUUGUUUGGGCCAGUCAUCUUUCGUCCCUCAAAUAGAUGUACAUGGAGAAGCUCAGCUUUGAUAAGGAAUAAUCUUUCUGGUGUAGAAUGGUUACCUAUUCGAGCACUUGGUGGGUCACAUUUGCUCAUCCUUCUUGAGGGGUCUGAACCUGUUAGGAAGCUUGAAUUCAACUUUCAAUUGCCAAUUAACAUGUCCGCUGCAGAAUUGUUAUCCCAUAUUGAAAACACUAGUUCUUUAUGCAGCCAUCGGCUAUCCAAGGAGAUAUAUGCAAAAAAUAUUGGUGAACUUCCUCUUGAGGUGAAGAAACUGCAAAUUUCAGGAACUGAUUGUGCCCUGGACGGGUUUAGGGUACAGAAAUGCAAAGGUUUUACUCUAGAACCAGGGGAAUCAGUGAGGCUCCUAAUUUCAUACGAAGCAGACUUUUCUACAAAUGUUGUUCACAGGGAUCUUGAGCUAGCAUUAGCUACCGGCAUCUUUGUAGUACCUAUGAAAGCAAGCCUUCCUGUCUAUAUGCUCAACCUUUGUAGGAAAACUUUUUUUCAAACAGUGCAUUGGAAAGCAUCUUUACUUGUAUUUGCUGCUGUUUCAACACUUAUUCUGUUGUUGAUCUGCAUUGUUCCGCACUUCUUUUUUUUGGAUACUGAAGAAUAUUAUGUCAAGGUUGAUAAAAGCGCAAACACCACAAGCAAGGCUGGAAAAACUUCUCACCUUCGUAGUGCAAAAAUAUCCAGAUCAUAUAGUGAAGAUGAGAACCGUAAGGCUGAAAUUGUCAAUGAGUAUCAUUUAUGUCACAACAUUGCGCUUGACAGCCCUAAGAAGACAGAAGAGAAGCAAGGUUUUAUUCAUCAGAAGGAUAUCACAUUCUCGCCACCGACAGUAACAGCUAAACCUGCAGAAGUUUUUGACAACUACAAUAUGUUAGAAGUGCCGCAAAGUGGUGCUCUCACCAUAAGAGUUGUUAAAGAAAAAGGAAGAAGACGAAAGAGAAGGACCAUCGGAAGUGGAUUUGCAGCAAAACUAGAAGUUUCUAGUAGUCAGAGCGGGAAUUCUACACCAUCAUCACCCCUGUCCCCCAGUGCCUCCACUCCAAAGCAAGCAUGGCCUCUUUCUCCUAAAAGUGGUAUCACCCUAUUUGCUGGAGUAUCGUCAGAACAGAAACAGCAGAAGAAACAUGAUGCAGUAGAUGUCAUAGGAAUAAGAGUAUCGGAAACUGAGGAGCAUCGUAAGCAAUCUCCAGUGACUGCAAAAUCGGCUGGGAACCAAACUACAUCGUCACCUUCUGUCAAUUCUUCAGGAUCUGUUUGGUUUGCUCAUUGUGUCACUGCUCCUAGUGCCUUAGCCUCAAAUUCUCCAAUUGCACCAUCUGCUCGUGCUCCAGGACCUAAGAGCGGCAAGGAUAAAGCCAUAAAAAUGGAGGAAAACGAUGGCGUCCGAAAAGAGUUCACCUACGACAUAUGGGGAAAUCAUUUUGCAGACAGCUUCUUGGUUAGGCAAAAGGAGUAUACAACUAACUUGCUUGAUGCUUCAGAAGGUGACUCUCAGAGCUUCUUUGCGAGAGAUCCUCGGUCCCUCAUGAUGAUGUCAUCGACACGGUCUGUAUCUCCCGGGCAAAAGUCGCCUGUUGAUGAUGUAACUUGCCUUGAUCAAAUAAACUAGAGAAGUUUAUUUUA